CAGAAUAUUUGUUGAAUAAAAUCUUCUUGGUUCUUGUUGCCUUAAACCUUUAUGGAAUAUACGAUAUAAAUUAUAAUGUUGACUUUCACGAUUACGUCCUUGUUUUUGAUGGAGCUGAAAGUGAACGGAACCUUCGUCGUACAUUCCGUAUAAAAGCGAGGUCGAUCUUUGUUUAUUUUCGUAGAUAUUCUAGUUGUUGGUUGGCUAGUUUGGUUUCGGAUUUCUCGGAGGAGUACUCUCGUGUUUGUAGAAGUUGAUUGUUGAGUUGAGCCUUUUUGGAUGGUGGAGAAGAGGCAGUUUAGUGGAGAGGAUGACUACGAUCGUUUUCGUAUGUUGAAGUGCAGGCCAUCACUUCUUCAUCCAUGCGGUUUUAGGCACUUGAUUACAGAGCGUGAUCCCCUGAAUGACAAAUUCUUUGAGAAUUUCUUUCGUCGGCUGGUGCGGGAGGAGGUGGAACGUGUUGUACUGCUAUCACUUCACCCAUCUCCAAGCAGACCCGCACAUAAUCAGGCUGGAACAUCUGGAGUGAGGAGAUUGCAGCUGCAAUUUGUGCAAAAAUUCCCCUCCACCAUAUUUACAGGGGCCAGCAUAAGAGCUGAAGAUGGUUCCCAAAUCCAAAUUCAACUGAUUGAUGCUAGUUCCAGGACUAGAGUAAACUCUGGUCCCUUUUCUUCUAUCAAGGUUGAGCUUGUAGCCCUCAAGGAUGAUUUACGUUUCGACGACGAAGACGACUGGACCGAACAGGAUUUCAACGCCAGUAUUUCACGUGAAAGGGAGGGUAGAAGGCCAUUAGUAACUGGAGAUCUAAUAGUGUCCCUGAGAGAAGGUGCUGGUGAUAUUAGUGAAAUCAGUUUCACCGAUAAUUCAAGCUGGAUGAGAACUAAGAGGUUCAGGUUAGGAGCAAGAGUUGUGCAAAAACAUUUUGCUGAAAGAAUCAGGGAAGCUACAAGUGACCCCUUCAGGGUAAAAGAUCGCCGUGGAGAAGUGAAUCAGAAACACACCCAUCCGCUCUUGGAUGACGAAAUAUGGCGUUUGAAGAGCAUAAGGAGAGAUGGUGCAUACCAUAAGAAGUUGAUGGCUGCUGGAAUUAUGACUGUGGGGGACUUCCUGCGGACCUGUGCAAUCAAUCAAUGCGAAGUACUCAAGAGUCUAGGCAGGUUUUCAGGGAAAAGAUUGGAGACAAUCAUACAAGAAGCAAAGACUCGCUAUGUAGAUGACGGUAUGCGUUAUACUUACAACAUAUAUGGAGAUAAUUGUGCCCUCCAGUUCAAUUCCAUCUACCAGGUUGUAGCAGCAACACUGGAUGGCCAUAAUUAUCGUUCUGUGGAAGAACUAACUCCACUGGUGAAGGAUUGGGUGGAAGCUGCGAAGAAGAAAGCAUAUAAACACUUGAACGAUUGGAUCCCGGUCAAUCACCUAUCAACUGUGAGCUUACCAAGGCCCCCAGCAAGUCUAUCAGAUCAUCCAUUUAGUGUUUCAGAAAUUGACUCCCCAGUCACACACCAAGAUCAAGUAGAAGCGUUGUUCUGUUUAAAUCAAUACGAACCUUCAAUAGCACAAAACAGUCACCCCAUAAUGCUAGGAAACGGUUUAGUGGAGGAAUCACUGCACGAUUUAGGAGAUUUGCCAGUUCUCCCAAGUGAUUAUAUGGCAGCAUAUGGCAAUUCUCUGGUUCAGACGCCAACUUGUUUUCCUGCUACAUGGGAGCAUGGGAAUGAUGUUUUCUUUGCUUCGGAUGUUGACGUCUUUUCAAGGACUGGAAAACCCAAGGCGGCAUGGUGUAAGAUUCGGGCUGCUGUCAAGAUUAUGCGGGUUGUUGCUUCCAAAAGAAUGGUUGGUUACUAAGUUCUCAUUAGGAGCUAAGUUGAUCCUAGACUUGUUAAGCUUAAUUUGUAAAAUACCUGUUAAGUGCAGCAAAGGGAACAAGUAGCAGCAGUGUGGCAUCUUUCCUUUACUUUUUUUUUUUUUUUUUUCUUGUUUAAAUUUUAAUUAUGUAGAUCAAUGUGUAAAUAGUGUUUAUAUGACCUAUUUUGUAAUGGUUUCUGCAAUGUUCAAAUUUACAAGUAGUAAAUGUCAUGUGAAGCCACACAGCUAUU